UUGUGUCGAGUGAUUUGAAUUCAAAAUGGCGUUCCGUAAACUAGUGUUGUGCCUCGGCUUCGUUCACAUGGUGGCGGCGAAAGGUUCUGAAGCGCAGAUCGAGUGUACGCCGGAGUACAUGCGGGUAGUGGUGCCCAUGGACGGCGACAGGAAGCUGUCCUACCUCAACCAACUUAAAGACUACACGCCCUGCAAGCCCAGCUUCGAAGAGAACAACUUGACUUUCAUCCUGGACCUCCUCGACUACCAGAAAUGCGCCGUCACCAGAAUACUGAACAAGAUUACUGGUAAAAGAACCUACUACCACAAUAUCAUAAUAGAAGACUCGUCUGGUGGUCGGGAGACGGUGUCAGUCCGGUGCGUGGUGAGCGGCAAGCACGCGGUCGCGCGCCGUGCUGUCGAGCCGUUCCCGCUGGAUUUUAAUGAACCAGAUGUUUUGAACAUAACGAGGUAUAUGGAGAGUCGCGCUCCUGAACCUAUCCUCGGCGCUGUCGUCAAACAGAACGGCAAACAAGUCUCCGGAGAAAUCUCCGUCAGCCCCGGAACACCGCUGUCCAUGGAGAUAUUCCUGGACAACGCCUCGAUGCCCGUGUACGGUCUGCUGGUCAACUACAUGCACGUCACUGACACCGGCAAACAGCAGGAAGCUAUUAUAUUUAACGGCUGCGCAGUGGAUCCAUAUUUAUUCGACAACUUCGUGACCACCGACGGUAAGAAUCUGACCGCCAAGUUCAGAGCGUUCAAGUUCCCGGACACAUCCUACGUGCAGUUCAAGGGUACUGUCACAGUCUGCCUCGACAAGUGUCAAGGGGUACAAUGCUCGUCUGGAGUGACGGCGUACGGUCGGCGGCGGCGCGCGGUGGCCAGCAGAGCGGACGCGAACAAAGUGUACGAAGUGUCUCUGACCACCAUCAUCAAGGUGGAGCGAGCUGAUGGGAAUACGGAGGAAGAGGAUGACCUGAUACUUUUGAACUUGAAAGGCGGCAACCAGCUCCUAGGAGACAAGGACGGUACCCCCGCAACAGUGUCCGAGACUCAAGACACCAAACUGAUCUACGUAGACGAACUAGUUCAGAGUCUCGCCAACACACAGACACUCAGCUGUCUACUUCUAAUUAUUAGUUUAGUACUUAAUUUUUACAAGUAGUUCAUAUCUAGGUUAUGUUUAGAACCGUCCAAAGGUGACGUGAUAAGGUACUUUCCCGGUUAACCAUAGAUUUCUGCUAUUUUUUAGAUUUUACAGUCUGUAAUUUUAGUUAUCUGUGAAAUUAUAAUUACGUUUUAAUCUGCCAAACUUUGAAAAAUGUAGACUAUAAAUGUAAUAAGUUUUUUUUUAUAUUUCAAAACAGAUUCUUUUCGCUGAUUGUCAAACGAUAGUUUUUAAGUGAAGUGAUUUUUAAUUAAUGUAAAUUAAGUGCCUUUUUAACGUAGUAUUACAAUGCUAACGCAUUUAAGUUCACUAGUCUUUAAUAAUAUGUAAUAAUAAAAAACCAUGUGAAUAUCUACCAUUUCUCAUCAAAACGAUUAACAAUAAGUGAUGUACAAUAACUUUAAUUUAAAAAAAAAAACUUAAAAAAAUAAAUACCUUAUGGG